AUGGCUUCCACGCGCAAGACCUACUUUCUUGCGCCUUCAUGGGAUAUAGGUCCGGCAGAGAUCGCUCUGGGCAGUGUGGUAGCCAAUCCAAAGGUCCCGCAUAGGCCUCUAUCGGCAGGGACACUGCCCGACGACAUAGAUUCCGCAAUAGUAAAUACACCUCCUGCCGACAAAUGCUCAGGCUUCGCGAAACUAUCGGGAGCGUGGUCUCUGGGCCUCUUCGCGACCUUCGUUCAUUUUGUGACGUUGGGCGGGAAAUUGGCACACUCCCGAAAGAGUGCCUCCGAGAUUCGCUACUCCUGCGACACGAUGGGAACACGCAGGUUCGUCCCGUCAUCAACGUACGUCACCAAGGCAGCACACGAUAAGGGUGUGCAGGCGUUUCUCAGUAUGGGAGGGCCGGGUUCCGAGGUGUUCGUGAUUACUGGUAUCAAGACGGGGUAUAAUAUCACCAUUACCACGAGCGAGGGAAAGGAUGUGGCCUCAGCGGCCCAACUUGGUGUGGACAUACCGAUCAUACAGACAACAGUAGGCCCAAAGGCUGAGCAUCGAAGUGAAUCCCAGCAAGAGCACAGGCAGCAUAUCGAAGGGCCAAUCGUCUUUGCAUACCAGCUUGAGCGACUUAGGCAGACCAGAAAAGGUGCAAUCUCCAAUAGUGAGCAUACUAGCGGUGCAAUGCUAGGACAAGGCGCGACUGGUGAGCACCACGAUAAUCAGGUCGAGAUUGCGGACACAGAGUGGACUUCUGUGGCCCUCGAAGGCCUUCAAUCUGCCCUUGUCAAGGGGAUUGAUGAACAUGAGGACGAGCAAGACUGCAGCAUUGUUGUUCCUGAUAUCGUAGAGUAG